AUGGGCAAGAGCGUCUUCUCCGUGCCUAUCUUCUUCAUCGUCUUUCGUGAGACCCUCGAGGCGGCCAUCAUCGUCUCCGUCCUGCUCGGUCUUGUCGAGCAGAUCGUGAAGGAGAGCGACGGCACGGCGCUUGGCUUGGCGGAACCCAAUGUGCAGGGGGAGUCGGGUAACGCAGAGCACGAGGAAAAGCAACACUCUCAUUCUGACACGGCUUCAUCGACACAGCAAGACGAUGCAUCUGCACCUGAGCUUCUGGUCGAGCCCGACCGCGACCUCGCGAUGAAGCGGCUGAUGCGCAAGAUGCGGCUGCAGAUUUUUUUUGGUGCUGUUCUCGGCCUGAUCAUUGCAGCUGCUAUCGGUGCUGCUUUCAUCGCCGUCUGGUUCACCCAAGCGUCCAACUUGUGGUCAAGUACGGAGGGACUGUGGGAAGGUAUUUUCUCGGUCGUCGCAGCGAUCAUCAUCUUCGUUAUGGGCGUUACCAUGCUCAAGAUGGACCGCGCAAAAGCAAAGUGGCGCAUCAAGCUACUCAACGCGUUCUCUGGCAAGCGCGUGGACAAGUCGACUCGUGCCGGCCGCUGGAUGCUGUUCAUCCUGCCGCUUAUUACCGUCUUGCGUGAGGGCAUGGAAGCUGUCGUCUUUGUCGGUGGUGUGUCGCUCGGACAGAGUGCCACCGCGAUUCCGAUCGCUGCUAUCGUCGGCUUCGUUUGCGGCAUCGUCUGCGGAUACCUCAUUUAUGCAUUUGCCAGUCGCACGACAUUGACGAUAUUCAUGGUUGUGAUGACGAACUUCAUUCUCCUCAUCGGUGCCGGACUGUUCAGCAGGGGUAUCUGGGACUUUCAGCAGCAGCACUUUGACAACAUCGUCGGUAAAGAGGUCGGCGACACAGGAGGCGACGGCCCGGGAUCGUUCGAUGUACAAGGAAAUGUCUGGCAUCUCGACUGCUGUAACCCCAAUAACGACUUCGACAGCGACGGCUGGUCAAUUUUCUACGCCAUCUUCGGUUGGACGAACAGUGCGACGAUGGGAAGCGUCCUCUCCUAUGUUUUCUACUGGCUCGCCGUAAUUGCCGUGCUGAUUUACCUCAAGUUCAAGGAGGGUCGCACGAAGCUGUUGGGCAAGGAGAGCGCUGCAGGCGUGCGUCGCCGGGAACGUCAGGAAAGGCUCGCGCUCGAGGCGGAGGACGAAAAGACCAGCAAGCUGGAAGAGGAAGUCAUUGCAUGA